UCGUGUUUGUUCGCGCGUUUUUCGAGCAGCCAUUUAAAAAUUAAAAUGGUACAGGUUUUGUGCAGCCGCGUGUUCUGUGGUGAACUGUUCACGGUGAACCUUAGGACCAAAAAGGAACUCUGCGAUGUCCGUGUGCGCAGGAUCUUGCAGCUGAACGACUCCACGGAGUCGCACGGCACGUGUGGUGUUGAUGUUGUGAGUACAAGUCGACUUCGCAACCUGAAAGGCGCAUCGAACUGUCAACUCGACACCGUAGGCGACUGGAACAGCGGGCUUGUCGUGUUAGUUCUCGCCGUACACUGCGGGGACAGAGUAAGGACGUUUCGAUACGACGUGGGAUCCCGACAUUUCGAUCCACUGGCAGAGGUGGAGAUCGCGAAUCCAAACCACCGCUCCUGGACGAUCGGCGACGGCCCGAGCCUGGCGGUCUCAGAGACCAAAGCCCUGUCGCUCCGUUCUUUAGAACCAAAUGGAUUGUCUUUGCAGGCGACUUUACCGGACGGGACGUCAGCCGACACGAUUUUGGCGAGCUGCAGCGUGGAGUUGCUUUUCUCGAGCUCGUCAGAGAACGUCCGCGCUAUACUGUGCGUUGUGGCUGCGAAACAGCGGUUGCAUUUUGUCGCCGCUACGGUCGCCGGCGCAGCAGAGGUCCUGCCUGCUGUGCUUUUCCUGGGGAGCCUGUACGAAGAGUCUCAAAUGCGGGCCUGCACCGUCGUCCCGUCCGAGCCCGCAGUCAAAGUCAAGGGCGCGAGUGAGCUGAAGGAAGCAUUUACGGACAAUACGACCGCAGUGUGUACAGCUUCUGGCACGCUGCUAGUUUUGGAGCGGGGCCGCUGUCUUCAUCGGUGUCAGCUUCCGUUUACAGACUCCAUGCGCAUCAUCUGCGGGUUGCGGCCUGACAGCGAAGGCUAUUUGGUCGUGUGGGCCUCCACCGGCGGUGUGGCCUUGCUUGGGCUCAGCUCUGACAAGCAACUUCAGGUGUCGCAUCGGUUCCCAGCCGAAUGCUCGGUGGCGUGCGGAGACCUGCUCCGCUGCGGUAUCCAGCAGGCGGUGUGUUUCAACCCGGAAAAAGCAGAUGACAUCUCCUGGCGACUCCUUGGACGAGACCGGCGACCGAGCGAAGCCGAGAGUAUCGGGGGCAUGCGAGAUGUCAUAGAAGCGCUGCAUCAUCAUUCAGCUGCCGGACAGGCUGCCUUGCAUAAGACUCGCCGAGCCCUGGCACAGUGCGAGGCCCUGCUUGAGGAAGCGGUUGAGGUCAUCACUGCCAGGCAGCUUGGAGGCAUCGCAGAGUCGAGGCUCCAGGACGCCUGCGGCCAUCUGGUGCCUGUCCUGCCAUCGGGCCAGACGUCCCCCAUCUGCCCACUUCCAGAAGAGACGUCUGCAUCCGAAUCAGUGAUGCUGCUCCAUAGCUUUGCUCACAUCUGGGGUCCACAACUGCUGCUGGGAUGGGUCUUCCAAAGGCCUCUCAGCAUGCGCACUCAGCCGCCAACAUUUUUGGCGAGCCCCGGCAUAACCUUUGGCGUUCGAGCGAGCAUGGACCCCAAACGUGUCACCAUUGCCUCGUCCUGCCGCUUGCCCGCCGAGCCCACGCUUCGGGUGGCGCUGGUGGCGGGCCCUUUGCGCCAUCAUCAGACCAUCGUACUCGACGAAGUGCGAACUGUCAACCUUCAAGAUCCGCGAACGACUGGUGUGCAAGUUGCUAAAGAAGUGGUGGCCUCCCAGCGUGCUGCUCAGGAGGUCCGAUGCUUCCGGCUGGACAGUGUGCCCGUGGCAACCGCGAACGAAUUGCUGCUGGGACUGUUUGACCGAGUGGCACCUGGGCUGUACGUCUGCUGCGAGGCUUUUUCGCCGCUCCUUCGUGCGAGUGCGGAUCUCUUCGAAGAACAAAGUGGGGCCCUCUGCCUCUCUCUUUAUGCAGAGGAUGCCGCACAGCACGAGCUCCUGAAGCGCCGCCUUGUGUGCCGGUUUCCGGGGGACGUCGGCUGGACCCCUUGUUCCAGCCGGGAAGAGGACGAACGUCUCGCAAGCGCACUUCGCGAGGAGGCACGCCUCGCCACCGCACUGGCAGACCAGCCGGAACGUUACGUCUCGCUCCGCAGAGAACUUCAAGAGGCCGAGUGGCAGACGGACUUCUUGGCACAGGGCCUCUUUGACCGGCAGGCCUCAGCUACGAAUCGGCAAUAAAAAGUUAAGAAAGUUG